AUGUUAACUCCAUCAGCCACCAUCACCCUUAUGCCCCCUUCACCACCGAUGCACGACCGGCGAGUCCAACCGACGUCGUUACCGCCAGUACAUCUGUCAGCCACGCCGGUUGUUGAUCCCGAAGAUGAAGACGAUGUGGAUCAUGGGAGGGCGGUCGUUCUGCUGCUGUUGCUUCCAUCAUUCGUUGUAGCUUCCAUCAUGUCGCGAAUCGAUGUGGGCGGCUGCCAACUGCCAUGGCCGCCGCUGUGCAGCUGUUAUUAUCGCCGGACGCUAUGUUGCUCCUACUGUCGUGCAAUGAACGCCACCAGGUGGGUGGCUGCUUUCGGGCCUAGAGCAAGGCGUGGUUACUGUUACAUCUAG